GACCGGAUGUGAGGGGAAGGCGGGAACUUCCGGCGCGGGGAGCUAAGAGGAAGCCGGUCGGACGGCGGCGGAGCGAUGGAGUUCCCCGGUGGCAGUGACAACUACCUGGCCAUCACUGGGACGUCGCACCCCUUCCUCACCGGGGCUGAGACGUUCCACACGCCGAGCCUGGGGGACGAGGAGUUCGAGAUCCCCCCGAUCACGCUGGACGCCGACCCCUCGCUGGCCGUGUCCGACGUGGUGGGGCACUUCGAGGACCUGGGCGAGCCGGGGGGACCCCCGGACCCCAACUUCCCGCCCCCCCCGUACGGGGUGCAGGGCUUGGAGAUGCCCGUGGGGAUCGCCCAUGGGCUCAUGGAGCAGGGCGGGGGGCUGCUGGCCGGCGGGCUCGCCAUGGACCUGGAGCACACGAUGGGCGCGCAGUACAGCGCCGCUCCCCCCGUCACCAUCGACGUGCCCAUGGCGGCGCUGAGCCCCGGGGGGCUGCUGGCCCCGGGCCAACUGACCACCAUCGACCAGUCCGAGCUCAGCUCCCAGCUGGGGCUCAGCCUCGGAGCCGCCGCCGCAACCGGGAACGGGACAACGGGGGGCAAUGGAACCCAAGGGGCGACCCCAACGAUGGCCACCCCGCCGCCGGCCGCGCCGUCGCCCGAGGACAGGCUCUCCCCGACCCCGUCACCCACCGGCUCCAUCCAGGAGGAGGAGGCUGACGAGUUCCGGAGGACCGCCCCAGCCCCAUCCCCUCCAGCCCCACCGGCCCCACCAGCCCCGGCCCCACCAGCGGGUGAAGCCCCCCGGCGGGGGAAGCCCCCCAAGAAGCCCAAGAAGAAGAAGGACCCCAACGAGCCCCAGAAGCCCGUCUCGGCCUAUGCCCUGUUCUUCCGCGACACCCAGGCCGCCAUCAAGGGCCAGAACCCCAACGCCACCUUCGGGGAGGUCUCCAAGAUCGUGGCCUCCAUGUGGGACAGCCUCGGGGAGGAGCAGAAGCAGGUCUACAAGAGGAAGACGGAGGCGGCCAAGAAGGAAUACCUGAAGGCAUUGGCCGCUUAUCGCGCCAUCUUGACCUCAACGGACCCCCCGGACCCCGAAACCAGCCCCACACCCCCCCCACCCCCACCACCCCCACCACCUUCCUCCUCCUCCUCCUCCUCCCCAGCUCCUUCCCCAUCGCCGGAAGCCACCACCAGCAUCACCAAGAUCCUCAUCCCUAAACAACUGCUGGCUCCUUCUUUAACCGUCUCUCAAGGCGGCGUCGUCACCGUCAUCCCGGCCACGGUGGUGGCAUCUCGGGCUCCUCCGUCGCCGUCCCCACCGCAGAUCGUGACCCGCUCGGUGCUGGCGGCGGCGGCGCAGCAGCAGCAGCAGCAGCUCCCCCCGCGCUUGCAGCCUCCUCCGUUGCAGCAGAUGCCGCCGCCGCCUCAAGCGGCCUCUGGGCAAGGGGUGACGGUGCUGCAGGCGCCGCCGCCGCUUCAGGCCAUGCAGCAGCCGCCGCCGCCGCCGCCGGUGGCUGCCGCCGCCGCCGCCGCCGUGGUGGCCCCUAAGAUGCGCCUGGCGUUACCCGCCAACCCGCCGCCGCUGCACAUCAAGAUCCUGCCGCCGCCGCCGCUGCAGAUGCAGCCGGGGCACGCGGCCGCCGCCGCCGUGGUGGGGCAGCAAGGCGGGGACGGCGGCCGUGAGGAGGUCACCGUGGGGACGGUGGCGGCAGGAGGAGGAGGAGGAGGAGGAGGAGGAGGAGGAGCAGGGACGGCGUCGCCGGAGGUGGUGGAGAUGGUCGGAGGGGACUUUGGUAAUGAGGCCGAGUCCCCCCCGGGCCUGGCGGUGGAGCUGGUUCCCGAGGACCCCCCCCCCGCGCGCUGCAUCCGGGCGGGAUGCGGGAACGCGCCGGUGGCCAGCGGCGACUGGGACGAGGAGUACUGCAGCAGCGAGUGCGUCGUCAGGCACUGCCGGGCGUGUUCCGGCUAA